GCGCGGCCAGUCGGGACAGCAAGUGGGGGAACCCUCUCGUUCCUCGCUCGCCCGCAGGCUGGCCCCUCCUGCCCAGUUCUCUCCUGGCGCCUCGACUGGGUGCGCAGUGCGGAGCCGCGACUUCAGGGGCAGCCACAGGAUUGGAUUGCUCAGGGGUUGUGCUGAGGCCCAGCAAGCCUAGAGGCUAGUCUCGAAGUCUCCAGGGAUCAGAGCGAUAGCUCAGGCUGAGUCUCAAGGCAGACGGCGACUGGACUGCCAGACUGAAGAUGACUCAAGACCGGCCUCUGCUUGCCGUGCAGGAGGCCCUGAAGAAGUGCUUCCCCGUGGUGGAAGAGCAGCAGGGCCUGUGGCAGAGCGCCCUGCUAGACUGCCAGCCCCUCCUGGUCUCCCUCAGCAACCUGGCGGAGCAGCUGCAGGCCGCACGGAACCUGAGGUUUGAGGAUGUGCCGGCGCUUCGGGCCUUCCCAGACUUAAAAGAGCGACUGAAGCGCAAGCAGCUGGCGGCUGGUGACAUCAUCCUGGACAAACUAGGGGAAAGGCUAGCCAUCCUCCUCAAGGUGCGAGACACAGUCAGCAGCCAUGUGGAGCGAGUGUUUCAGAUCUAUGAACAACACGCAGACACAGCUGGCAUUGAUGCUGUCCUGCAGUCUUCAGCGGUGAGCCCCUCUGUGGCUGACAUGUUGGAAUGGUUGCGAGAUAUUGAGAGGCAUUAUCGAAAUUCGAAGGUACCUGAAGAGAAAGUAUCUUCUUUCUUCUAUCCAGUGGGGAGACUUGGCAAACAUCCAAGCUUUGCCCAAGGCCUGGGACCGAAUUUCAAAAGAUGAACACCAAGAUCUUGUACAAGAUAUCCUAUUGAAUGUUUCCUUCUUCCUGGAAGAGUAAGGAAGCUGUGUUUUUCUGGAGACCACAGUUGAAGACUGACAUUGCUGCACCCUGCUAUUUCUAAAGAAACAUCAGUAUUUCAGUCUGACAUAUUUGAAAUAUCAGUGCCUUGAACCUGAAGACUGGGUGGGUCCUGUGGGGGAAUUAGUGCUUAGAUGUCUGAAGGAGCUGCUGCAUGCCAGGCCGUGACUGAGAGUAUAUGAGCCCUGCGCCUUGCCCUUUUCUGAGGCUCAGGGAAGUGGAUGGAGUUAGAGAGAAAGCAGGAAGGGCAUUGCUGAAGAACAUAGUGCCUUGCAUCCCUUGUAGACUUGAGGUAAGGAAGGCUAGGACAGGAGGCAAAGAGCCACACUGCCCUUGGUAUCAUCCACAGCAUCGUCUGGUUGACAGCAGGUCCUGCCUUUGUGCCUUUUGUCAAUACUUGAAUUCUUGACAAAAGGAAAACUGGUUUUGAUGAUUUAAAGAAAUAAGUAUGAUUUUGACAGAGUAUAUUUUAAAAAUUUUGACUAAUUGCAGUAAUUAACCAUGCGGCAUCCAUGCUGAGCCGACUGGAAGAUUUUUUAAGCCAAUUUCCAGCACCUGCCACCAGGGGGAGGUGGUGCAACAUGAAUCCCUCGGAAUGCUUUGUCUUUCAAGGGUUCCCGGUUACUGUUAGACUCUCAGAGGAAGUCACUGCGCAUGGUGAGACUCCUAAAAUGACAGGGUUUUUUUUUUUUUUUUUGGCCAAAGCUGGCAUCUGGCUUGCCACAUUCGUCUGAGUCUGGAGUAGUUGCAGGGUGGGACAAUGUCAGGCCAGAGUCACUCCUUUGGGGUCACAUUUCCAAGGCCCGCUACUGUCAUUCAUGUAAUGGUGGUUAUUACUUUCAGACCUUUCAGCUUCCCAGAGCACUGUAGAAAUGUUGGUCAUUGAAUGUAAAGUGGCUUAGUAAAGGGUAUAGAUAUUUUUCCAAAAUGAAAAUAACUUUUUUCUUAUAAGUGAUAUGCUUUUAUAAAGAUCAUAGGAAAAUUAGAAAACAUUUAAGUAGAAAAUUGUAAAACAAACUUUAUUAGAGAUAUUUUGAUGUGUAUCUUUUCAGUGUCUAUUCAUAAAUUUUAUUUUUUAAUAGAGAUGGGGUCUCACUAUAUUCCCCAGCUCAAACUCCUGAGCUCAAGGGAUCCUCCCACCUCAGCCUCCCAAAGUGUUGGGAAUACAGGCAUGAGCCACUGUGCUGGGCCAAUUCACGAAUUUUUCAAAGAACAAACAUGGUAUCAUUGAUACAUACUGUUAGAUUGUCUUUUUUUAAAACCUAAUGUAAUUUGUUCAUCUUUUUAUAUCUGUAAAUGUAGCUCCACACAAUUAUAUACCUUUUCUGAAUGUAUUAUAUCUUACAAUUUACAUUUUAUCUUACAUUUUACAUGUAUUUUCCCAAAUCUUCAUGUUUCUCUAUCUGUAAAGAUAAUCCAUGCUGAUUAUGCAUCAUUAUCUACCUAUAACUAUUAUUAAUAAUGUGUGUUUAUUUUUCCAGAAAUUAAAAUCUAUCAUAUACAUAUUAUAAAUAAAACUUUAAA